AUGCUUUUAAACAGGAUGGCCGACGUGAAAGCCUGCUUCUCCAUGAGUGGGAAUCCACCUCCACCAGAGGUCAUCAAUCACCAGAGGCCUGGGCGCGUAACCAAUCAGCUGCUCUACCUGCAGAAGGUGGUCAUGAAAGCUCAGUGGAAACAUCAGUAUUCGUGGCCUUUUCGCCAGCCUGUCGAUGCGGUCGCUCUGGGUCUUCCUGAUUAUUAUAAAAUCAUUACUUAUCCUAUGGAUCUCAGCACAAUCAAGAGGCGACUGGAGAACAGGUAUUACUGGGAGGCCAGUGAAUGUGUGAAAGACUUUAAGGCCAUGUUCUCCAACUGCUACAUGUACAACAAGCCCGGAGAUGACAUUGUUUUCAUGGCACAAACAUUGGAAAAAGCCUUUUUGCAGAAAUUGUCUCAAAUGCCAAAGGAUGAAGUGAUUGCUACGACAUCUUCACUUGAGCCAGAGAAAGUGAAAAAAAACAACACAGCAGAUGCAGGAAAGCACAAGAGUCGUUUGUCAGAGCUUGUUUUCCAUCAGAUGGUAACAGUUCACCCUCCACAUGUGGCUCAAAUGGACCCAACCAAUCAACAGUCUGCAAAAACACACAGAACUAUAAAAAAAACCUGUAAGAAGAGAGCUGACAUGGCAAUACCCACUACCUCUGUAUGCCCAAACCCUGAGGUAACCCCUGACGAGGAUCCUUCCAAAGCUUGCUUGUUGCUGUCCAGAACAAGCGGCAAGAGACCCAUUAAGCCUCCUAAGAAAGAUUUGGCUGAUUUUGAGCACAAGAGGGUCAAAAUGACAGAACAGCUGAGGUACUGCAGCAAUAUCCUGAAAGAGAUGCUCUCCAAAAGGCACUAUGCGUAUGCCUGGCCCUUCUAUACACCAGUGGAUGCCGAGGCUUUGGGUCUGCACGACUACCAUGAUAUAAUCAAGCAGCCUAUGGACCUGAGCACCAUCAAGAAAAAAAUGGAUCAUCAAGAAUAUUCAGACCCCAAGGAAUUUGCAGCUGAUGUGCGCCUGAUGUUUUCAAACUGCUACAAAUACAACCCGCCAUCGUAUCACGUGGUUCUAAUGGCAAGAAAACUGCAGGUGUGCUUUUCAGACUUUGAAUUUGACUUGGAAAAUCUCAAAACUUCCACACUGAGAGACUUACAGCAGUUUGUGGCUUCUGGUCUGAAAAAGCACAAGAAUAGCAGAAACAUUAAGUUCACCUCCUGGCUUUACUUACCCAGGAGGCAGAGAGGAAAUAUGGAUCGAUCUUUUUCCUUGAUUUUGCUCCACAUAUCACUGACUGCCCGUUGCUCUCUGAUCUUGGAGGCUUCUGCUAACCACAGCCACCGGUCGCCCUCCAGCAGCAGCAGCAGCAGCUCCUCAUCAUUCAGCUCUUACACCAGCAGCUCUAGUAGCUGUAGCUCUAGUGAUGACAGCGACACCGAAUCAGUUCCAGACAUAAAGAAAAGAUCUAAAGAUUCCUGUCAAAAAGUCCACCAACAGAAUCCAGACCAUAAGCUGGUAUCAGCAAAGACCUCCAUCAGAACCGGUCAUCCUCUGCUGCCCCUCAGCUCCAUGGUUCCAGAAAGCUUCUAUGCUCCAAGCCAGUCUGAUUUUUCUACGCUUUUAUCCCCCAUGGCUUCUCCUGAAGAGCUGAGGGACCUGACCGCGGCGAUAUUCCAGGGUCCAGUGCUGUCCCCUCUCACAGGCAGCCCUCUGCUGUUCAAAGAAGAGACGGGGUCUCUUAUAACAGAUUUCAGGAACCUUGAAGAUUUUCCUGACCCUCAGGAGAGCAACAUAGCUGACAGUCAGACUACAUCUACAUAUACUGAGGAGGAGAAAUCUCAGAUCCCUAAGAAGGACAUUAUCCUGAAAAAUGCAGUGUCUUGGGCAAAGUUGGGGAAACAGUCGGUCCCUCCUGCUGCUAUCAAAGCCUCUAAAGAGAGUUUUCAGCUGUUCCGUAAGGCCGCCAUAGAGAAGGAGGAACGGGAGAAGGUGCAGAAGAGGAAACAGUCGGAUAAAACCAUAGAGACGGAGCCCGCUGAAAGGAGCAGCCUCCCAGGCUCCUGUAAAUCAGAUCCACCUGAGCAGAUUAUAGAGAAUCCUGAUUUGCUGGACAGCAUCUGCCCUGUGGCUGGGCUGGACCCCCCCAAACGUAUCGAGCACUUAAUGUCUCCAGCUGAGACAAGGCCCCAAAACCAACAAUCUUCUAAAGAUAAAGAGAGAGAGCUGGCCCGCAAAAAAGAACAGGAACGUCGCAGACGAGAGGCUAUGUCUGGUAUCGACAUGACCAUGCAGCGGGACAUCAUGACUUCAUUUGAACUUAAUCUGGACUGAAGGCAGAG